GGGUCCACGCCUCUCCACUCCCAACACUUUACGCCCUACUCUAAGACCACUGCACAGCCAGCUACGGAGGCCCCUAAAGUACAAGUGUUCCCCAGGCUCUGGCCUAUCUGAUAGGUUUUGUCCUUGUUACUCCAUUCGGUCCGAAGGCCUUGCGUACAGUUUUUGUCCGGAAUUCCAGCUUGUGAGUUUCUUCUGGCAGCAGGAACUCUAACGCUCAUCACGGAAAUAAAAGCUGGUUUUUUUUUCUUUUUUUUGCCGCUCUGGCCGCCUGCAUUCCUUCCCCUCCCACCUCGCGGAAUUGUGGCCGGUGGGGGAGGAGGAAGUCAAGGCGCCUGCGCGGUGAGGCCGCUUUCCAUCCGGGUCCCUGUCCGUGCGGUGCAGCAGGUCGGUAGGCGGGAAAUGGCGACUGGCUGAAGGAGCUGGUUCUGUUGCUGCUGCGGGCAAAGCGGGAAAGACACCACACAUUGCGCAGUCGGGACCAUCGACGGAGUCUGAGGACACUUCUCUGUCGUCACAGUUAGUUUUACAUGUGUCACCCAUAAAAGAUGAGGCUGAGAUCACGGAAACCUUCUCAGCAAUCAAAUCAAAUCCAAACACAACGCACUGCCAGAGCAAAGAGGAAAUAUUCAGAGGUUGAUGAUAGCCUGCCUUCAGGAGGAGAAAAACCACCGAAGAAUGAAACUGGCUUGUUAUCUUCAAUUAAAAAGUUCAUUAAAGGAAGCACACCAAAGGAAGAGAGAGAAAAUCCUGCAAAACGGAGUAGAAUUGAAUGUGAUAUAGAUAAUAAUUUGAUCACAUCAACACCAAGAGCAGGAGAAAAGCCUAACAAACAGAUAUCUCGAGUAAGACGGAAAAGUCAAGUAAAUGGAGCUGGUAGUUAUGAAAUGACAAAUCAACAUGUAAAACAAAAUGGAAAAUUAGAAGAUAAUCCUUCCUCUGGCAGUCCUCCAAGGACUACAUUGUUGGGGACCAUAUUUUCUCCUGUCUUCAACUUUUUUUCACCAGCAAAUAAAAAUGGAACAUCAGGAUCCGAUUCCCCAGGACAGGCUGUGGAAGCUGAAGAGAUAGUAAAACAACUUGAUAUGGAACAGGUGGAUGAGAUCACUACCAGUACUACUACAUCAACUAAUGGAGCAGCUUACUCAAAUCAAUCAGUUCAAGUGAGGCCAACAAUAAAUAAUGGUUUAGAAGAAGAAGGAACAGUUAAUCCUGAUAUCCCACCUCUUACAGCACCAGUAACUCCAGAUAGUGGUUAUUCAUCAGCCCAUGCAGAGGCCACCUACGAAGAAGACUGGGAAGUAUUUGACCCCUAUUAUUUCAUCAAACAUGUUCCACCACUGACAGAAGAACAACUAAAUAGGAAACCUGCUCUUCCACUGAAAACAAGAAGCACACCAGAAUUCUCCCUAGUUUUAGACCUGGAUGAAACACUAGUACACUGUAGUCUAAAUGAGCUAGAAGAUGCAGCACUUACUUUUCCAGUUCUUUUCCAAGAUGUCAUUUAUCAGGUUUACGUGAGAUUAAGACCGUUCUUCAGGGAAUUCCUGGAACGGAUGUCUCAGAUGUAUGAGAUCAUUCUUUUUACUGCUUCUAAGAAGGUGUAUGCAGACAAGUUACUGAACAUACUAGACCCUAAAAAGCAACUGGUCAGGCACCGACUUUUCCGGGAACAUUGUGUUUGUGUACAAGGAAACUAUAUAAAGGACUUAAAUAUUCUUGGAAGAGAUCUUUCCAAAACUAUAAUAAUUGACAACUCACCACAAGCCUUUGCAUAUCAGCUAUCUAAUGGAAUCCCUAUAGAAAGCUGGUUUAUGGAUAAAAAUGACAAUGAACUCCUAAAAUUGAUUCCAUUUCUGGAGAAGCUUGUAGAACUGAACGAAGAUGUUCGACCUCACAUCAGAGACAGAUUUCGCUUGCAUGAUUUGCUGCCCCCAGAUUAAGUACAAAGACUUGUCAGAUCACUGAAGGGGGAGAGAAUGCAGGACCCUUUUGGACUAAAACAAAAACAUUGCCAUUACUGUUGAAAUUUUGCAUUUUUGUACCCCGUCUUGCUUUUCUUAUCUUUGGUGCCCAAUAAUAAUCAAGGGUUACAGAAAGAGACUAUAUCUCAGAUUGAAUACAUACAGUAGGUAGGCUAAAACAGAAGAGUCUUUAGAACUAGUGCAACUCCAGUGAAAUUUUUUUAUGUACAGGACAUCUGCAGUUUAUAAAGAAUUCUGUUUCUGCCACCAGCAGUUUGACCUGUAGUCACACAGGAUUUUAUGAUAAUAACAGAGAUGAAAAUGGACUUUUAUUUUCUCUCUGUUUGGUGCUCUAAGUGGGUUUGUAGCCACUUUUCUGUUACUUUAAGAUUCUCAUUUCAACAGGAAUGGCCAGUAAAAGUUGUUUUAUUUUUCCUGUUAAGGUUUAUAACCUUUUUACAUUUUUUGACCUGUAUUAGAUUAGAAUUUCAUUAUGCAUUCCUUUUAGUUGAGGCGCUUCAUAGUUUUCUGGAAAUAGUCAAUUUUUAGUUUUUUAUUACACAUUUGAAUGGCCGUUUUCCUGCUUUGUCUGCCUGCAUAUUGUAUAUUUGUUUAAAUAUAUUCUCUACUUUUAGUCCAUGUAAGUUUCAUUUAGAAAGACAUGCAUUUAUAUUUUGUUUAUGUAAUAUUCUACUGUAGGUGAAAUCUUUUAAAAAAUCAAGAGACUGGGUAGACAAGAAUAUAUGAAUGACUAAUAUUCAAAAGAUUUAAACCAUUGUGAUGGCAUGUGUUUCCAAAUGGUAAUAUCUUGCAAUGGCACACAGAUUUAAUAGAUAAAGGUAUACCUCAGACUUCACUGUGCUCACCAAUCUUUGAGGAGAAUGAGUUUGGUCACCUGUUGGGCUUGAUUUGGUUACUGAUGCCUUCGGUUUUCUCCAGGAAUGAAGUAUUCAGCACAGUGACUCAGUAUUUUUAGUUAUUCUGCAUGGGCUGGUAGUACCUCUGUUAUGCUCUCGGUUACAAUCAACUUAAAACUGUGUAACAGUCUUGGUACCUUUCAGUAGCUAUGCAUAAUCCUGUGGCACAGUAAACUCCCAAGCCACCAGUGCAGUUAAUGUGCCCUCAUAGUGGUUUUCUAUGCUAUAUGAAAAUAGUCUUCAAGCCUUGGUUCUCUAAUGCAGCUACCACAAGAGGUUGAUAUUUUUAUAGUGGUGUGUAAUCUCCUUUUCGGGAGGCUUUUUAUGGAAGGUAGAAUUGUAAAAGUUAAUAUGCUUUGCCUCAACUGCAUUAACAUGCCAUAGGCUCAGACUGUUUUUGUGUAAAGGAUGUCAAAGAACGGCACUUUUUCUAAAGAGAAGUUUGAUAUUUUGUAUGCUUGUUAAGAAAGUACAGUAUUGGAAAUUAAAGGUGGACAACUGAUAAUUGAGGAGUAUGUCACUUAAUUUUUUAUGUAUAUUACCUGUUUACUUGUACAACUUAUUGUACAAAUUACAUGCAGCUUCAUUUUCAAAUGAAUCCUUAAAAUAAGGAAAUCUUUUUAGAAAACAUUUAAUUUUUGUAUUUUUGAUUUUAAAGGCAUGAGUUAUGUCAAUUUUCGGUGUAUUAAUGAAGAUUUUAACUUUUCAUCAGGUUGAGUGUUUUUCUUACUAUAUUAUCUGUUGUGUAUGUAGUUAGCAUAUUGUGUCACUGAACUGUUUAAAAAUCUAGCAUGUAGAGCAAGCCUGUUUUGUGGAAAAUCCUUAUUCAUUAAAAAAUAAUCAUGGCAGAUUUUCUGCAAAGAAAAAAAAGCAAAAGCAUUUGCAAUUCAGAAUACUGUUUUCUUUUGGUUUUGUUUUCAUUUUAAUUUAAAGAAAGGUAUUUUGCUUGCAGGAAAAAGUACUACAGAUUCAUUUUAAUGAGAAUCUUUGAAAUGUAUUUAUCUUUAGGACAUCUGGGCAUCUUUAUGCUGUUUGUCUUCUGUCUUUCUUGAAAUAAAAUGUACAUAUGUUACCUUUACAUAUGCUCUUCUCAAAAUUGUGAACCUAGUUAAUAUUUCUCCUUGCUCCCUUUUUAUGCUCAAAUAGCAAAACCCAAAACCUAUACAAGAUCUGAUAUUCCAGUGUACAUUAUAAUUGCUGAAAGCUCUUCUGAUUAAAUACAGUCUCAAAGGGCUUUCCCGUAACUGAAGGGAAAUGUAAGCACCUAUACCAAUGUGCCUGUUGGGCACUUUAAGUAAACACCAACUAUAACUGUAUGUUAUUAAUGGUAAAGCUGUUUUCAGUCCUGUUCUAGGAGAGUUCCUUUAAGUCAACUGACAAGUAGGCAAUUAAGCAUAAUAAGGUUCUGUAAAUAAACUAAGGGAAAUUUUAUAUGGCCUGAGAAAAUUUUAGACCAGUUUUCAUAAAUUUUUCAUUACUUGAUUUGAGUCAUUUUAUGUUUGUUAAUACAUAAUUUAAAAUUUUCAAAAAUGACAGUUAUCCAGCUUCCUCCCACCUUAAUAUGAUGCUUUAUCUUCUCAUUACCCCUUGCUUUUAUCUGUUGGUAGACGUUACCUUAAACACUUCCAUGUAGUUAAGCGGAGGUGUAAUUUUAUUGAGAUGUGCCCAGUCCCUUCAGUUCACCCACGAAAUACUCUUAAAGACACUAGUAAGUACAGGGGAUGGAUACCUGAUAAGAUGCAGCAAAAGUGACCUACCUAUAUAUACAUUACAGCUCUGCAGUACAUACUGUAAUUGUGGUAUUUCCAGUGAUAAAUGUCUGACUUUUAAGACAUCGUUUUAAAUAUGUGUAUUGUCAGGAUGUUUUAAUCAGUUGUGUUUUUUAAUUCCAUGUAAUAUAUGUAGCCCUGAUCAGAUUUAUAUCACCAUAUUUCUCCUUGGGUCUUAAAAAAUAAUUACCAAUUUGAAACCAUAAAUUGUUUUAUAUUAGCUAGUAUGUGUAUUUAUUUACCUGAUGGCUUUAACAUGUUUCCCAAAUUUUGGGGGAGAUUUGUUGAAAACAUUGUAACUUCUAUAAAUGGCUAUUUUCUUAUAACUGUCAGUGAAAAUGGAUGUGUACAUUGUUUUUUAUAUUUCUCUGCUUUUUCUUGUUUGUUUUUGUUUCUUGUUUUUUAGGGUUAAACAAUGUUUUUUUUUAAGUUGUCUUUGGCCAGUGACUUUCUCAGCUAGUUAAUUGCAUUCAACCUUCUAAAGAAGUUCGUUUUUUUCAUUGUUUUGUACAGUCGACUUGCCUGAAAAAAAAGAGAGAUUUCAUCUCAUCAGUGAAGACAGCAUUUCAUUAUUCCUACAAAUCUUUACAGCGAGCACAGAAUUCUUCAUAAGGACCAGGUCUCCUCCACAUCUUGUGUCAAUCACAUAAAGCUGAAAUGUAAAGGACACUGAAGCCUUCAUUAAAUGUACUAACAUGAUGGUGUUAUAUACACAUCAUUAGCUAGUUAAGGUUUUCUGACCUGACUUCUCUUUGUCUUCCUAGGUAUUUAUUUGUUACCUCUUUUCAUCAUUUGUAUCUAAAUUAACUUAGUUAAAUGUUACCCACUUAAUAACUAUGCCAAGCAACUAGGGAAGAAUGUUUAUUUUAUUUCCCCUUAUAGGGGAAGAGUGGACUGGGAGCAAAAAUGUAUGGGCCAAAAGGCCUUAGGCUGUCAUUCAUUCACUUUGUUCCUCAUGAACUAUACUGAGUAUUUUCUCAGAGCUGAUGUGCUUGAUGAUGUCAUUAUUUUUCAUGUCUUCCCCUGAGUUGAAAGCCUGCUAGGAACCUGUAUAAAAUACAUUUAAAGUUUUCAAAAUAACCAUAAAACUCAGUAUCUUAUAUUUAAAUGCCACUUAAAUUAUUAUUGGAAUCCAAGUCUCACUCAUUAGGAUACAUUUUUAUAAAAUGUUUCUCUGUAUCUUGAAUUGAAAUUGCUUGCCCAGAGGCAAGAGUUCUGGAGGAUAUAAUGAAUGCAUUUUGAGAAAAUUUUUUAAAGGGGAUAAGAUAGCAACAACUUUAUACUUAGUUACUUAAUGAUUGUUUUGAUAUUAGUUAAUAUUAUAAAGUACAUCUGUGGUUCUCAAACCUGCUUAUUAGAAUUACUCUGAGGGUCUUUUGAAAUAAAGAUUUCUGAGGCCUAGCCCCUGCAGAAAUGUCCCACAGGAACAAGAGUGGCCCUAAGAGUUCUGUGUUGUAUUUUAAAAGUUCUCCAAGUAAUUCUAAUAGCAAGGUUUGGGAAACCACUGUUUUAAAUAAUGUGACAGUGGCUUGAGAGUAGGCAACAAAAUAAAAGUUUACCAGACAUCUCUUUGUGGUAGAGUUUUCUUUUUCUAAACUGGGACCAGAUUUCACAGAACUUAUUCAAGAUACAUAGAGGAAUGAUGAAGAUUGAGGCUACUGCUCAUUAUCAUUCUUGUCUUUCAUAUUUUUUAAGAGUUUGCAUUUCUAGCAAUUGGAAUAGUUGAUCAUAUACAUAGCUGAAGGACAUCCCUGAAUGAGACCAUUAUAUAUACUAACUGUAAAAUACUCCACUAUUUUUUUAUUUUAUAAAUCUUUGUAGAAUAAGCAAUGAAAUACUACUUUCAUCUUUUGAAAUGAGAUUUUUCAAGGUCCUUUUGGCAUUAAGGUAGGGGGGAAUUAAUAUUCUCUCUGCAUUUAUUCCAUAUGAAUCAGUAUAAAGUCAUGGACAUUUAAAAAUCUCAAUUUAAUUUCUACAUAUUUACUAUGCAGUAUAGCGGUGAACAAGUAAUCUAGAGUUAGUUUUCUCAUCUUCAAAUGCCCUGAUCACCCUACCUCACAGGGUUGUUGUGGGGAUAAAUAAAACUUUUAUGGAAG